AGAAGGUCGCGGCUCGGAGCGGAAGCAGUGACACGCAGCGGACGCAUCCACGAGUGAGGGAGCGUAAUCGCUCGCAGGAGUUGAGGUUAUCGCCCGAGCCUCGGUGCGUCUCGCGGUGAUCGAUCCGGGCCGACGGCGGCGGCGGUUGGCUCACAGGUGCAGGCGAUCGACGCGGCGUCGCCGGCAGUGGCCGGUGAUGAGCAGGCGGUGGUUCACCCUCAGCUUGGCCCGGGCGUCGGAGUUCAUCGGCUCGGGGUAACGGAUGAAAGGUUCGAGGUUGUGACGCCGCACCGAUUCCGCGUCAGCACGGGCCUCCCGCGGACCCCGCGCGUCGGCGUUCACGCCCGGGAGAUGAGCGUCCACAACGCGUCGGCCGUCGCCGCGACGUCCGAGGCGUCCGACGACUGGCUGGAGUUCUGCGACAGGCACGCCCGCGCCUCGGCGUCCGACUUCGCCAAGGCGUUCUGCACCUACGUCAGCCUGAACCUCCCCGAGAGUGCCAGGGCCACCCUGUCCCACCGAGACUUCCUCAGGAAGUUCGUCGAGGCCUUUUGCGAGCACUUCGAGACCGAGUACCUGCGACGCAGCACGAGGUCGCCUUCCUUUUGCGAUACGAGACAGACUCCGUCCAAUGACAGAGAUGCUAAUUCCACGAGUCAGAACAACAGAGCUCCGAUUCGAGCAUCUUCUCAUGAGGAGUUUAGCGACUAUUCGGAACAAGAUGGGGAGACCGUUUCACCGAAGCCUGUACACAAGCCAUUUUUUCGCAGACUCUCGUUUAAAGGGCUCAAGAAGGGAAAGGGAUUCUUCCAUAAGCAGCAAAGCGAUGAGGUGGAAUUAUCCCACAGCGAACACCGUAGGGAUAAACAUUCCAAAGCAAAGCUUUCAAAGAUCGUCGUGGAGUGCAGAAAAGAAGGAAUUGUUAAUUCUUUAAUGGGUGAAAAUAUUGAUGGCACUCAGAAGUGGGAGAAGUCAAGACUGGCGUUGAUUAAAGCAAGCGCUGGUUACAUGCUAGAGUUUUAUUCUCCGCCAAAAGCAGUGAAGCCUCGCAGUGGGGUAUUUUGUUCCACGAUAACGGAAGCUAGGGAGACUACGGCACUCGAAAUGCCCGAUCAUGAAAACACCUUUGUAUUAAAAACAGAUAAUAUGGAGUUCGUUAUCGAGGCACACGACUCGAAUGAUAUGCGGUCGUGGCUUGCGACUAUAAAGUAUUGUAUGAGAACCGUACAGCAAGGUACGAUAAUCUCCAGUUCGGGUCUAAACGAUGGCACGGGAGAUUCUCUGGCACACGGUUCGCUAACUCCAAGUGGUGACAACGACAGACUACGAGCCAACUCCACAAGUAAGAGUUCUCGGGCUGGACAUGACCACGUAGACGAACAGGGUAACCCUCCGGAAUUGCCCCCAAGGCUCCGGAUGCGCAGUAAUAGCAAUCUCGAAUUAUGUUCCUCACAGCAAGAAAUUGAGCAACUACCUGGCAACGACGGUGAAUUGGAUUUGUCAAGUAGCCUGCGAGAGUACCCUUGGUUUCAUGGAACGUUGCCACGUUCGGAUGCGGCCCAGCUUGUUUUGCACAGUGCUGCGAAUGGACACGGGGUGUUCCUGGUCCGUCAAAGCGAGACAAGGAAGGGAGAGUUCGUUCUUACCUUCAACUUCCAAGGAAGGGCCAAGCAUUUGAGAAUGACGUUAAACGAUCAAGGCCACUGUCGAGUUCAACAUCUCUGUUUCUCUGCUAUCCAUGAUAUGCUUGAACAUUUUCGACAAAAUGCCAUACCCCUUGAAUCCGGUGGCACUGCUGACGUGACGCUGACCGAAUACGUAGUGGCCAAUCCGGUGCCAAGGUCCACGCAUCACUAUGUGACGGGUAGCGGUGCGCAGCAGCCUCAGGAAAGGAGACCCGCUGCAGCCCCAGAGCCCAGAGAAGUACAGACGCACAGCGGUUCGAUAAGAACUCGCGUGGAGUCCUUGGAGAGGGUGGAACAGCAGAACGCCAACGCGGAACAGCAGGCCUCGGCAACCUCCAGCGGCAGAGCCGUUCAGAACACUUAUAGCUUCCUUUGACGCUGGAUCCAGAGUUCUCUACCUUCGGGCUACCAUCUGGUCAGCCCCACUGACUGAACGUUCCUCGUACCUAUGUUCAAGAUCCUCUCGAGUCAGUGUCCAGGUUGGCGUACACCGGUGUCAGUCUACGCAGCUCGAUCCCAAAGAGGUUAUGCGACACUCCAAGGAUAUCUUGGAAUAUAAGAAGGAACCUUCGCGUGGAAUCAUUUGGUUCCCUGGGAGACACGGUGUACACCGAUCACUUGGUAAUCGCUGAUCCUUGUUAAACAACCCUUGGCUUGUUACUCGGGUAGUAACUCGCUUAUCGGCGUAGAACUACCUUGUGGUGGUAUUUCCUUGGUUCGUUUUGCUGACGCAGGCUCUCGAUGUGGAAAAUGUAACAGUGGCUUGUUUCCGAAUGAGACCCGUGCUUUCGGCCACCUAUUCUAGAGGAUUUGGUAUUUAUUUCCGCGAGUGCGUGUGUGUGUGUGCGUGUGGGAGAAUGUAAUUACGUGUAUGAUGCAAGGUAUACGGAUACAUAUACCCACCUUCCUAUAUAUAUAUAGAAACAGACUGCGCCAGACUUGCUAUUUUCGCGAUUUUUAUCAGACCGUGUAUUAGUUGCGCCAGUUCCCUUGGCGAUGUUGAUGCAUUAUUUAUGUCUUUUAUAGGCUACCCUAUAGGCGAUAUGAAGUAUAUCGGUCCUUGGUAACGCAUCCUAGCAUAAUACUAUUUAGCCUGGUUCUCAUGCGCUAGAUAUCGAAGCAAAGACACUAGUGUAAAUUGUAGCUCUACGUGGUGUCUGUUAACAAUGGCCAUGAACGAUGUCAUUUCUUUCUGGGGUUCGCUCUGAAACUGAUGAAAAGCUGAUGUUAUUCCUUGGUGUUUCUAAUAGGAGUAAGGAUUCGAGCUGCAGUCGACUGUAUUGCGAUUGAAUUGUAGGUGAAUGGUGGAUAUAAUGGAUUUCUUUUUUGUUUUCUAACUCAGGUGGCUCGUAGGAGUAUUAGGGUGGUUCUUCGGUGAACAUUAUAUUUUUACAUUUCUUCCACGAUGUCGAAAGCCCUCAGAUGUGCUGUCUAAUCCUUAUGUAUACAUGCAGGAUGUAUAUGCAGGAUUUUGUACGGUCGAGGUCUUGUGACGAUUGGUUUUGUCCAAAAUGGCCUGAACUUUGAUUUCGUUACGGAAGCUCUUAUUAUUUAGAGAGAGGAAACUGAUGGUUUAAUAGUACAGGUUUAUACGUAGUGCUGAUCGACAGUACAAAUAGAAAAACCUGCAAGAGGCCAGAUCCUUUGUUUAAGUUUACGAAUGUUGUAGUUGUUUAUUUUCCUUUUUCUUCGAAAAUUUUUCUUGAAAUUAGAAUUAGAGAAGGGUAUACAAGGUUGUAUAGAUUUUAAUUACGUGUGUUUUGUAUCCCUGGCUCUGUGUUGGUUGUUUGUAUUCUUCUAUUGGGAAUAUAUAUACAUAUAUAUUUAUCAGUUUUUGGUAUAUUUCGAUUUUUAACGUUGAUAUCUUCUAAUUGUUCGUUUAUUUGGUGUCCCGAUUAAUUGUACGUAUGAUUUCGGAUGGUGACUUUUCUGAGUCUUCAGAAUCACAUUUUGCUGUCCGUCGGUUCUCUAGUGGGUCUUCAAUUGUACAACGUUGAGUAAUGCCAGGUUAUUCAAUCCAAACAUGCUCUAUUGCUAUCGAGUUUACCUGUGAUCGUGUCAGUACUUAUGUAUAAUGUUUUUAUUUAAAUUGCUUCUGAAAGUUACUUCGAUAAGAAAGUCUGUGUGAGUCCGAUCGAGGGUAGAUCAGAUUAUCGAUCUACAAUUUUAUCACAUCCAGGAAUGCAACUUUCCGAUACUACUUCAUUAUUUUUUUUACCUAUUAUUCGUAAUCCCUCACUUCCUUUUUGAUAUGUUUUUACUCGUCACAAGCAGGCUCGCUCUAUCAAGAAUCCAACUUGACGUAGACAUUCGUGCUGUCGCAGUGAAUUAUUGUAUCGACAGUUUAAUUAGAAAAUUUUAUUACGUUCACCUGUCAGUUUGACGUUUCUCUCAAAUUAGGUUACAUAGUAAUGGUGAUUCUGUUACGAUUCCUUGUAAAGAACGGUUGACCUGUUUUUUCUUGUGUUCUCGUUGCACACCGGAAUGUCUGUAAUACUCCUGCCUUGUUUACAGGUUAUACGUUAACUGCCAAAACUGUAGCCACACCUUGUUGGUCCUGUUCUCGUUACAUUGGCUCCCCAGACUGGGAGGUGUCAAAUCUAACACAUACUGUACGCUAUGUAGUAAUAGAGAUAGAAGAUAAAUAGUUCAUCGGAAGAAGGAACACGAGACUAUGAACAGAGUACGACUCGGCUUCCCUGAGUAAGGAAAACGCUGUACUUAGGCGGCGUUUGAUUAAAGACUGCCCUCACAAGUCUGCACAUACCUACAAGUUAACUGUAAAGAAUCGUAGGUCUAAGAUAGUUCGUUAAGCGAUGAGAAUGCAUUUGUUUUCGUUUUUUCUCUCUUUGUUUUCACCUAUAUUUAGGUUAGGUUAACCUAGACGCGUACACGACGAGUGCAUUUUUUUUUUCCUUUUUUUUUCCCCCAAUUCCUUUCAAUUUUUAUUUAAUCCUUCCACUGGAUUAUUCCACCAUUGCAUAGCUGAGUCGCUGCAAGGUGCACCGAUGUAAAAAGUGAGCGACCCAUUUAGCUCUGACGUUGCGAUGAGUGACUCGAUGAACUACCUGUCAAAGGAACACUACGUUAGACUUGUCCAGAUGAAAAUUAGUUUGGCGUUGUAUCGUGUGCUAAAUGGAAAUUCGUUUAUCGCAGUGAAUUUUGAGGGAUUCUGAAUUAAUUGCUGUGUAGGUGUCGCUACCCAGUGGAACGCAAUACAAGGUAGUUCUACAUUCUACAUCCUCCGAUGUGAACCUUCCGUAGGCGUUCGAGACCCUAUCAAGGAGGAACUGUUCUAUUCCAUUAUGUUAAAAUUAACAGCGGAAGAAGUACUUAACGCGAGAGAAUCUUGGACCACGAAUGGAUAUUGUUUCGAGGAUUUGGUUUCGAGUUUACUCCGACUUCCUGUAAUCUUUAGAAGAGCGUGUUUCUUUAUCAGUGCACGACCCCUUGCGCCUCCAGACGCAAUGUUGCUCAAAAUAGUAUUUUAACUGUUAAACUAGACUUACGGUAGGCCCUUCCUUGUUCCGUUGGUUCGUUGCAUUAGUCGCCAGGAUUAACUUUCAGGAAGGAGGAGAAACGGAUAGGGCGAUUUCUCCCCGAAAUUAACCCUGCUGGUAUUCGUCUCGUUCCCGACUUUUUCUUUAUCUUUUUCCACUUCGAUACAAAGGUGAAACGUAGAGCUCGAAAUCGAGGAUGUACGAUAUUCUGCCACUUGCAUUUCCAAUUUGUACAUAGCGCUGAUGACGUGUGUAUUUAUAUAUACAUAUAUAUCUAUCACUCUCUCUCUAUCUUCGAAUCGCUAGGAAAAGGUGGACGUGCCUUUUCGAUCAAGGGCUCUCCACGUAAUUGUAAUUAUUGUACGAUACGUUUGCUCGUUCCUUAAGGUCUUACGAAUCGUAGAUGAUCCCGUUUAUUUUUCUACGACCCCCCGUCUCGUUCGGUUCCGACGAAUUCCGAUUUUAAUCAAAUCUCUCUUCUCUAGGUGUAGAAACGUAACCGAUGCUCUCGUCUUUGGUUUUACUUCCUUGUGUCUUUCCUUUUCGUUAUCGAUCUUCUGUCGGAAUCCUUAGGCCUAGGACAGGCUCUGGUACUCGGCGAAAAUAGACAUUAAGCUCUGCUGAGAAAAGAAAAGGGUGGUACACGUUAAAACGAAACGUUCAUACUCGACAUACAAUAAUCUAUGCUAUCGCGAUUCGUGCACGACCGCGAGACGUGAAAAACGAUCAGCGUGUAACAAUUGGGCCACCAGUUGGAGUGUUGGUAUUUAAAUUAUGUCCGGAAAGCAAACAAACGAAAAAAAAAAAAAGUUUCAAACGGUGGACGCGCCAAGCGGUGGCCCUAGGUGUUCAAGCCUUAACUGUAAUAACUGUAUAUUUUUUAAUAUGUAUAUCACGUGUACGGAAAUACAUAUUUUACGCAUACUCAGAAUAACUUCGACGUAAAUUAUAUUAAUGAUAAAUUGAAUAAGUUGCAAGUUGUAAUGGUCGUAUAUGUGUUACGAGAGAUUAACGGAUCGGCGUAUAGGAAGGCUUACCAAAUUAUGUUUCCAAGGCUUCACGUAACCCGGCACAUAUCUCGAUAUGUUAAUUAAUCUUUUCAGGCGACCGGUUGUUGAUCUUCACGGUCGUUGUCGAAUUGUGGAUAUUUUUUUUAGAUUCGCCGACGUGCUGUAUAAAUUGUUUCAGCGAUGCUUUCGGGCAGUCGAAAGGCGCUCUUGUCGGCGGAGGGAAAGAUUUGGCUUUGUGUCGUUUUAUUUUGCCUAAGAUGCAAGGGAAAUUCUGUAAUCGUGGUGUUCGAUUAAAUCACGCAGCGUGUAGCUCGGUGAUGAUUCUAUAUUAACAGGAAAAUUAUGUACAGUACCCCAUCUAGUCUAAAUAAAUUAAGCUCUUAACGAA